UUUUGUUCGUCUGGGUACCGAAGAAGACGCCAUUUUGUGUGAAAAAAUUUUUUUCUGCUGGGGCGGCGUUUAUGUGAAUAUCUUACAAAAUUAGUCGAAUUACUAUUUCCCGGAGAUUUAGUGAUACUAUUACUUACCGGCUAUCGUAUCAGUUCACAAAUAAACAAAAAAUCACGCGGCAUUCUAGUGGUGUUGUUGUUGAACUGAAAGUAAAGAGCCAAACGUGCCGCCUUUAUUGUUGUGUCUCCAGGCGAGCUGCAGUGAUUGUAAAAGUGAAUUAGCACGUGUGGCCAGAAAGGGAAUAGCUCCUCAAGAUGAGUAGCAGCACCCCCGGUAGCGAUGCGGCGGCGACGCCAUCGUCGUCUCCACUGGUCAAAGUGGAGGCAGACUUCUCAGGAUCGAAGUUUGAAAUAGAUGCAUCACUGUCUGACGAGGAACGUAAGUUCUACCUAAAGAUGUUUUCCUCCGUGGAUUUGGUGAAUCUGCGUAAAGUACACUGCACAGUGUGUCGCCUCCAUUUGGGAUGUGCUCCAGUCUCCGAGAACAACAUCAAGAUGCAUCCCAUUCUGCGAGUGACGCACUGCGUCAAGUGCCACGAUUUUUAUAACAGCGGCGAGUUCUCCAAGGGUGAGGACGGCUCUGAGCUGUACUGCCGCUGGUGCGGCCAAGGCGGCGAGGUGUACUGCUGCUCGACAUGUCCCUAUGUCUUCUGCAAGUGUUGCAUUGUGAAGAACCUCUCCAAGGGCGUGGUAGUGGACAUUGAGCAGAAUGAGAACUGGAACUGCUUCAGCUGCACCUCCAAGAUUCUUUGGCCCCUGCGUGCCCAGCACUGGGCCCUGGUAAACUACAUCCAGACUCAAAAAAGAGCGAUUCAAGCGUUACCGCUGCCCGAAAUCGAAAUUCGUCGUCUUAUGCUCAAGGAUAACAGCACUUGCUGCCGGAAGAUUAACUAUUUGUCAGACUCGAUGGAAAGCGUGGAAUCGAACGCCUCCAAACGCAGCCAGAGCAGCCCAGCGGUUCCGAAGAGAACCAAACCAGCUCAGCCCCCACCGGCAAAGCGUCCCAAACCCGCUUCCAACGAUGAGGUAGUCUGCACCCCGGAUCUUCUCAGCAUGCUAGAACCGGAUUGCCAGCUAUCAACACCUAACCAACCUAAAUUAGGCACUCGCCUUCCGGUGCUACCCGCCAAUGUCACUACCACCCCCAAGAUCGUCACUGUCGAGCAGAACUACACAGGACCGACUCCCAGCAAUAGUAGCGGAAGUAAUGGAAGUGGAAGUGGGUCAUUGCCAAUGCAAAGAAACAGUCUGCCACCGCCUCUAGUCCUGAGUGGUUCGGGAAUACGAUACCGCCAAAAUGGCCCAAGUGGUAAUGUAGUGCGCCGUACAGUAGUGCCCAACCCGGUGCGAAACUCUGGUCCUGUAUUCCACACUAUUAACGGUUUCCGGGUGGACUUAAAUAGUGCGGCACAGCAGGACUCGUAUCGACUGCCAAACGGCCGUUUGAUCCAAGUAAAGCGACAGGUACCCCCGACACAGCAGCCGCCGGCGGCGUCCCCAAUGGGUCUUCCGCCGGGCAUUGUUAUCCGACCAGCGCGACCUACGCAUCCAGCUGUUGGUAGACAGAGCCAGGCCCAGGGCCUUGGCAGUAACAUUGGCAUCUACAAUCCGCAAAAUAAUCAGCCACAAAGAUCCCCUCAGAUUGUACGGAUCGGAAGCAUGAAUCCGGCAGCUGCAUCCCAACAACAAGCCCCGCCAUCAAACGUAAACGGAGGUCAGCCAGCAACGGCUGGACAUCCAGGCCCGCCAGGGCCCAAGACUUCAACUCUGGUGCGCCGAGUAUACCCCGAUAAUCCGAUUGGACACGCGCGGAACCAAUUGCAGGAACAAAUUUUCAGUGCCAUGGAGAUCUGCACACAUCUCACGGGUAAGGUGGUGUCCCUAACCCACUCGAAUGCCUACAACCAGGUGCGCGGCUAUAUGGAUCUCAAGGAGCUCUACAUUCACAUGUCGUAUCUAAUGACAUAUGCCAUUGGACGUUUCAAGAACCUGCAGGAGAAGUGUUUGGUGGACAUGCGCGAAAUGGGAUUCAAGAAUGAUGCAAAUAGCUUGGAGAAUGGUCAGCUGGCAGCUGCCGUGGACUAUGUUUGCUAUGGCCAGCUGGAGGACGUGGAUCUGUUCAACAGGGGCUCCAACAGCUUUCACAAUCAGGUCUACGAAUACCGAAAGAGCUUGCACGCCAAUCUAAAGGAGGGCGAGGACUGUGAGCCACUCCCACCUCUACUGCCACUGGGAGUUAGAGCCGAAGGCGAUCCCAUCGAUGAGGAUGAAACGGAAUUGCCUGCGGAGACGACCAUUGAGGAUGGCAAUGAUGUUGAGGAGGUGGAAGACCUGGAUUGCGAUGAUCAGGACGAUUUGGAUGACGAUUUAGAUGACGAUGACUUGGACAACGAGGAUUGUGGCGAACUGGGCACGGAGGAGAGCAUGAAUCGAAACGAACAGGCUCACGCCUAUGACCGAAAGCUGACUCGACUACUCCGCGAAUACCCAUCAAUCUGGUGCACUAGACACCCGGAUUAUGGAAAGAAGGAGGUCACUCUGAAGCAGUGGCGCGUAAUAGCCACUCACUUUCCGCGCGGAGACGACAUAAAACUCCGAUGGAAGAAUAUUCGUAAGCGCUACGUUAGAAUCGAAAGGCGUCUGAAGCAGGGAAAACGCUUCAAGGGCUACUUCGACAAAGCCACCAACUAUUUGACCAACAGGGAUCGACCUCGGAGCGAGUGGCUGGCCGUGGAUUGCGGCGAGGACGACGGCGAUGGUUUCGAGCGCAAGCAACUGGAUGUGAUCGAGAAUACCAUCGAAAACAAAGAUCAGAAGAAGAGUAAUUUGGGGAAAAUCAAACCCAAGGGGGUCAUUCCAAUAGAUGUGCGUGCCAUUGACCUCCGUAUCAUAAACUUUGCCAAGAGCCAUCCUGUCCUCUGGCGCAAAUCCACCGAUCCCGAGUUCAACAGCAUUGAUGAGCAAACCAGAACAUCUCUCUGGCAGAAUUUUUGGAGAUCGGCUCCCAACUAUCCCUGCGAAUAUCUCGUGGAACGUUGGCAGCAGAUGUAUGAGAUGUACAAGACAUUCCGACUGAAAAACAUAAAAGAUAAAAGAGCCUUUGCCAAUUUGGAGCUCAAGUACUCAAAGUACUUGGCCAGCUUAUACUUUCUGUACAAAAUAGACGAACAGGAUCUAAGAGAUGAGUUUGAACCGCUGCAAGAUUGCCUUCCCAACGGAACCGAAACGGUUGAAAAGCUUAAGGACAUGCCAGAUGAUAAGCAGUUCGUCCAGCAACUGGUUCUGGCCAUGCGGGCUUAUCCCACGCUGUGGAACUCUCGACAUGGGGAUUACAGUGAUGUGGCAGCCAGAGAGCGUCUAUGGCCGGAGGUUGCUCGACGAUUGCCUCGUUUUAAACGGGAUGCAAAGGCCUGCAAGUUGCGCUGGCAGAUGGCCAAGUUUGCCUACGAGUGCUAUGGCAGAGAAAUGGAGAGGCAAAGACCCAACGAGCGAAAGCUACAGAAAUUGCGAUCCAAUUUCCCCCUGGAGGAGAUGCGGUUUCUUAAUAUUUAAAAAAAACAUUACUUUUGGAAU